GCAUAGACUAAAAAUAUAGGAGGACAUAGUUUUAUUGUCAUAGACAAUUCAAAAUUAGGAGCAGUAGGUUCUAACAAAAAACAUUUUUUUGCUUUUGUCCACACAUUUUUAAUCCUUAAAGCUUCUUCAUUCAAUUUAAAAAUGCAUUUAAAAUCAGUGAUAGUAUUGUUGACAUUGUCAUGUUAUGUUGUUUGUGAUGCUACAAGUGGAGAAAUAGAAGCCAGAGGGAAGAAGAAAAAGAUCGCGUUGUUCGUAUUCUUCGCCGACCUGGUCCUCAAGAAGAUCUUCAUCCUGAAGCUGGUAUACGCGUUCAUCCUCUGGAUAGUGUUGCACAAGGCUGGCUACUUCCUGUCCUGGUUCGCCACGUAUCUCAAGGAGCAGAAGCAUAAUUACCACGAGUACCACGACUACCACGGACCCCACCACGAAUACGGGCCUAGUUAUGGUCACGGCUACGGACCUUACAGGAGGCAAAAUCAAGGAUAGAUAAUUUAUAGGGUAUUUUUGUUGUUAAGACUGAGACACAUAAUUUAUUUAAAUUAUUUAUUCAAUACCUUAUAUUUUAAUUAUAGUUUUAUCUAACAUGUUUUUAGACGAAUUCAAAAAAGGAAGGUGCGCAAAGUAUUGUGAUAUUUGAAUAACAGUUAAAUCGAAAGUAUAUCACGCGAAUAUGUUUACUGAAUAUAUUUAUACCAAUAACCCUUACAAGCUCUGUGUACUAGAAAAUGCGGGUAAGACUCAAUAAAACUCAAUAUAGUCAUCCUCGAGCAUUCUUCUAGGAAUAUGCUACAAACUGUAAUAUUUUAUGUGAAGUAUAUUAAUAUCUCAUGGCCAAGUAUUAUAUUUCGUGCUCGCAAAAAUAUGUAAUAAUUUAUUGAGUAUAAUAUUUAUGUUUAAUUCAUAAUAUUUUAAUAUAAUAAUAAUAAUAUG